AUGCAACCUCACAACCUAUCCACACCAUUGCCCACCGCCCACACCAUCGCCGCCUUGGCUGACCCUUCCUCGCCCGCCGCUACCAGGUUUCGGUCGCCCUUCUUUUUUUUGACUUUUUUGUUUGCCAAAGCCUUUCAAAGCAACUUCGUUCAUCUCCUUCUCCAGACCGCGCUCCAAUUGCUCGCGCAAGUCACCCCUUGCGUCUUUUCUUUGCGCGGUCGCCUAGUCGGUCAGCUUGUCCGUCCCGUCAACCUCCCCUUCGGCGUCGCCGGUCGUCAACCUCCGAUCCCUACCUCGCCGACAUCAAUACCACAGCUGUGCGUCCAUCGUCGCACCAGUCUGCGCGCAUCUCACGGCCCUUUUUUGCCUUUAUCUCGAUACGGAAAUAGUACCGUCCGCGUCAUCGGCCUCGUCGGCUCCGCCAUCACUCUUCUGCCCCCCCUCGUCUCCUGCGAGGAGCCGACGCAACCUCGCUUCUGCGCCGUGCGCCCUUUCACCUCCUCCACCACCAUGUCCGGCACAGACGUUGGCCCUGCCCAGGGCACAGGCAACAAUGCGAGCGAGUUCGUUCGCAAGUUGUUCAAAAUGUUGGAGGACCCUUCCCAUCAAGAUGUUGCCCGUUGGGGAAAGGAUGGCGAUACCUUUGUUGUUGUCGAAGGCGAGAAAUUCACCCGAUCUAUCCUCCCCAAGCACUUCAAGCACAGCAAUAUGUCUAGCUUCAUUCGCCAACUCAACAAAUACGAUUUCCACAAAGUCAAGCCAUCCGCUGAUGCCGAUGGUUCGGCCCCAAGCGGCAAUGUCCUCGAGUUCAAGCACCCAUACUUCCGCGUAGACAGUAAAGAUGAUCUCGACAACAUCCGCCGCAAAGCCCCAGCUCCCAGGAAACCGCAGCCCCCCGAAGAUUUCACUACGAGCCAGCACGUCAGCGUCAUUUCCGAGCAGCUUACUGCCACACAGCAGCAGGUCCAGCAACUGCAAGAGCUCUUCGCUGAAGUUUCGCAAACCAAUCGACUCCUCGUCAACGAAGUCCUGACACUUCAGAAGAUGAUCAACGCCCAAAAAGGCGCUCAGCACGAGAUGCUCAACUAUCUGACUGUCUACCCCGGCCGCACAAACGCCAUGAUGACCCGCCCGAUGGCCUCGAACGGAGCCGUCCCGCAGACCGACGUCGACGAAUCCGCCCCUGAAUUACGGAGAGCCCGUGAGCUUUUAGCCAGCGUCGCACCCGAUGCCAUUGCCGAUCGUGAGCUUGAGCGUCUGCACGAUGUAUAUGGCCCUAUGACCGACUCGAGCGCCAUGGUCACCCCCGUCACCAUGCCCAUGCUGCACGAUCCCAUCACCGAUCUUAGCCGGUACCCCGUCUAUCCAGUCGGCCAAACCGUCGGCAUCGACCCUUUUUCUUCCGACCACAUCCAGAAGCUCCCAUACGCCAUGCCUGGCGACGCCGUUGGCGCUGCUGGGCUCGCCGAUCCUCACCACCACACCCAACAGCACACACCGACUUCCGCAGGCCCUACCCCCGUCAUGGGAGCUGCUGCGCCAGCCAACUCGCGAGAAGCGCCAGCCAUCUGGGGGGGAAAGAAACCCCACGUGUUCCUCGUCGAAGACGAUCCCACCUGCGCCAAGAUUGGUAUUAAGUUUCUCAAAUCAAUGGGGUGUGAGGUGGAGCAUGCCCCCGAUGGUGCUGAGGCCUAUAAUCGGAUGAAUGCUGUGGGAAGAGAUUACUUUGACCUGAUUUUCAUGGACAUUAUUAUGCCCAAGCUUGAUGGUGUUUCUGCUAGCAUGUAUAUCCGACAACAGUGCCCUUCGACACCAAUCAUCGCCAUGACAUCAAAUAUUCGGCCGGACGAAGUGAAUGGCUAUUUCGAACAUGGAAUGAACGGUGUCCUGGCUAAGCCCUUCACAAAAGAAGGAAUGCUCAAGUCAGUAAAGACACACCUAGCCCACUUGCUGAAGAAUCCGCCUCCGGCCGACAGUGCGGGCGCCUUUAUCAUGCCUGCAAUGGGAUUCAUGGACGGCACGACGCCCGUCAAGCUGGAGGCUCAGACAGCUGGCUCAGGGAACAAUUGGGCCACCAAUGGCAUGUCGCAAGGCGACGUGGAUCAUGGAUAUGGCAUGGUGAAUGGAGGCGCAGCAUAUCCGAUGGCGGCGGCAAGCCGGCAACCGUACGUCGCGGGGAUGGACGGCUCGUCAGGGCGAAUGGCGCCGGAUCACGAGAGUCCUCCAGAAAAGCGGCAACGCCUGAAUAAUUCGCAAGGCAACUUUGCGUAA